AUGGCGAGUUCUCCGCCUACCUCCAGUAAACGCCCCAAAUCCGAAGCAGAAUCCGACGAAGAAAACAACAAGGAGCAGUAUGAUUGCUGCGGAAUUUGCUACGUCGAACGCGGGUUUUCAAUUCCAGGUAAAAUUGAUUCCUGCAACCAUUAUUUUUGCUUCGUUUGCAUCAUGGAAUGGGCCAAACACGAAUCUAGAUGCCCAAUCUGUCGCCAGAGAUUCUCCAACGUUCGUAGACUCCCUAAGCUUGGCGUAUUUUCUUCCUAUCGGGACGUUAAGGUCCCUUUCCGUGACCAGGUUUAUCAUCCUCAUGGAAAUAUGACAAGUGGUCCCGUUGAUUCUAAUACUGAACUCAAAUGCUGUAUUUGCUAUGUUGCAAAAGAUGAAAAUCUUCUAAUCAUAUGCGAUCUUUGCGAUAUGGCUUCACAUACUUAUUGCGUUGGCAUGGGCUACACCGUUCCUGAAGGUGAUUGGUUUUGUCAUGAUUGUGCUGUUUCCCGGGAGACUAAUGCUAAUGAUGGGUUAGACUUAGACCAACAAGCUGUUGAGUUAACAGCUGAGUCUAGUGUAACCGUCUUAGAUAUCGUGAGAGAAACAGGCAGCCACGUGGCUAGAAGACCGAUGAUAUCUUCCAUUCGACGAAACAAUUCUUUGUCUUCUUCUAUUCCUUUAGUUGAUAGAGUGAGUAGAUCAGAAGGUAAAAAACCUGUGACGGCUAUGCAGCGUGCGCAAUGUAAUGUCCAGGUGCUUCGUGAAAAUUGGAAUUCUUUGAGAAGUGGUUCAUUGAAGUUCAAUAGAAAAUCAUUUCAAUCUGGUGGCACAAGUAGUCAACAACAUGAUUCUAGUUCUUUAUCACAUGGUAAAUUAGAUGGUUCAGACUCAAUGGCUUCCACAGGCCGUCAACAAUCAACAGUCCAAGGCGCUCAAUCUAGUAAUAUGGUGAACGAUGGUGACUUUAAAUAUGAUGUUCACAAAGCUUGGCAAAUGAUGGAUAGAGCAAAGAAGAUGAAACAGACUCCUAGAAGAACUAGCAAAAUUACAAAGGUAGCGGAUGAUGAUCCCUCGUGUAGCGGUGCUAGAGAAAAAUCAUUUGCACCUCAUAAUUGCCCAGAAUUGAAAAACCUACAGACUAGGACAUUAGACUUUAGGUGCACCAGAAUGGAGGAGCAGUAUGGCUAUUCUAGUCUUAAUAAAAAGUUGGAAGAUCACUUGUCUCCGUUGUUGGGAGAGAAAAGGAAAAGUAGGGUCUCAUGUGAGGAGAAUGUACAACAUUUGAGGGAUCAUACUAGUACUACUCAUUCAGUAGGGUGCAGGGAACGUCCAUUGCUCAGUAAGGUUCAUACUGGUACCCACAGUGCUCCCCGUGACGACGAUGAAAUAAAUUCUGCUAGGAAACGAAGGCAGUCUGCUUACUUGGUAACUUCAGUUGGUUCAGCACCCUCUAUUGGCAAAUCUGACAGUGUGUUCCCCUAUAGUAAGGAUGUGGAUAUUUUCAAUAAAGAAAAGAGAUUUGCUAAAGGCUUUGGGAAUGACAUCACAAAAAAUACUGAAGAUGCAAAAACAGAGAUCCAGUCUCUUGUUAAACUGAAUCUGAAGUGCUUAACUAGAGAUAAAAAAUUAGGGGUUGAAACUUUCAAGUUAGUUGCGAGGCAAGCCACACAUACCAUCUUGGCUGCUUGCCAUUCCGAGCAGCACAAGUCUAGUAUAUACUCCUCAAGCUCCGUAUGCAGCCAUACUGACCAUAUUACACAGUUUCAGAAGUCCACUUUAAUGACCAAUUGUUGCCGACAAUGUUUUCAGGUCUUUGUGAAUGAUAUUGUCAAAUCCAUCAUGUUGGAAAAAGUGGGUUGUUGUUCUUGA